CUGAGGAAGAAGAGUGCCGCACACAAUGCAAUGUACGUCUGACAAGGGUUGUGUCUCCCUGAUUUUCACGAUAAAUUUCUAAUUCAGUGGAAACUUGUAAUGGGGAAGCGGCGACGCGGUUCAUAUUCUCUCUCUCUAUAUUUUCCACACUGGAUUUAGUGAGAAAGAAAAUUCUUUGAACGGAAAUCUCGGCGAGUGGUCCAACUUCUCCUAAACAUUGGAUUACACAGUGAAGGCUGCAUGAAGGAGUUGCCCAGCCCAACGGGGGCUUGGCCGACACCCUCGUUUAUGGAAAUCGACACCGAGGCUUUAAUAUUUGGGCCUUGAAAUUUUUUCUUUAUGAUGGAGGUGGGAGGAAAGAAGAGUUCUGUCUGAAGAGACGAGUUAUCAAUAUUAAAUCAGUGAUUAGUUGCUAAAGAGCAUCCAUAUUUUCCUACUUUCUUUUAAAAAAAAUUGUUGCUUGUGGUUUAGCUGGCUAACAGCUGGAUCGGCAAACGCUAAGUAGCCACGGCGCUAACGUUACGUCUUUCUUUUGAUGUGAUGCGAAUUCAACGAUUAACGUUACUAUCGGCCAUCAACAUUUCGCCAGGAAGGUAAUUUCUUCUCUUAGCUACAAUUUGGUAGUUAGCUUUACUGUGUAUUGUCCGGCUUGUCAGUCUUUCCAGAGACAUUUUAAGAAUAUAGUGUUAUUCUUAGUUCGUUGGCUGAAUAUAUUGUAAUGUUUUGAGUUAGCCGCGUACAUGCUAACCAAAUGAGCAAAAGCUAACUGGCCGGAGUCAACACUGAUCUAGCUAAGAUAGCAGUAACCCAACAACUCUAACACAACCAGACAGCUCGGUUUACUCCUAGAUUGUGAGUAAUUUACAGUAACUGUCAACAAUAGCACUCCACAUUUCAAAUUAACAUGGAGUCAUGUCAUGGCCACCGGGUUAACGUCGGAUAUCUAGGUUAUUGGCCUUGCUAACAAGUUAGCUAUCCGAAUCAUUUUGCUAAUAAAUUUGUCAGCGUGUGCAGAAAUUUAGGAAAUCCUGGACUUUAGAGUUGUUUUGAGCAAGAUUUGCGUGAUUUUCUUUUUAAAAUCUAUCUAGAAACGACUUGGCCUGCUUAGUCGGCGUCAUAACUAGACCUGUCUUUUUUGUUUACAUGCGUUUAACUUAUGUGGCUGUCGGUUGAAUUUCUUGCUAGCUAAUGUUAGCCUUCUACGAGACACAAUCAGCUAUGUCCUGACAUUUGUGUAUGUCGUGGAUGAUUUAAAUUACCAUGCGGAUCCAAGUUUCAUUGAAAUGACACUAAAAUUUCGCCGAAAGAAAGGCACUGAUGCCAAUAAACUGUUGUCAAAGAACGGUAAAUAAGCCACUGGUUUCAUUAACGCCAUUUUAACAGGGACUCCCUGACAGGGCCUGUGUAGUGGUGUCUUAUUUGCGGUUCGGUGCCUUUCACCGGACCGGGACUUGAGUAAAGUGCCUUUGGCCUCACUGGAGUUACAAAAGGAGGUACCGUUUGAACAUGGAGGGCCCGAGCCGAAGCACUGGAUUCAGGCAGAGCCGACGAUCUCGUUCACAACGCGACAGAGAGCGGCGUAGGAGGAGAGUAGACCUGGCUGCGGAGCGAGCCACAUCCCUGUCCUCAGGCUCCGAUCAGGAGGCUUGUGGGACGAACAGUGUCCUGGGUCCCGGUGGGAGAGAAUGCCGGCCCAGUUUUGGUAGACACAGGCCUCCACGCCGGAGGAAGAGAGAGUCUGUGUCCUGUGAGGAAGACAUCAUCGAUGGCUUCGCUAUUGCGAGCUUUAUCAGCUUGGAGGCACUGGAGAUGGACUGCUCUCUGAAGCCCAGUCAGCGCACUGAUAUGCUGGGAAGGAGGAAUAAGGGGAAGAGAGGGCUGGAGGAGAAUGAUGGAGGGCCGCUGUCUGAGCCGGAGGAUGGCGCUCCGCACAGUUACUCCAGCAGCUGUUGGAACAAGAGCAGAAAUAAGAGAAGAAAGAUAGAGGGGCAGCCUUUGGAGACUGGCUACAUUUGCGACACUGAGAGUGAUACUGGAGAUAAGGCCUCCGACAAUGACAAGGAUCCAGUGUUCACAGUCAGUACUAGGAAAGUUGUGGAGCCUGUGCCCUCGAACAUGGACACAUCGAUGGGCAAAAACUGCCCAUCUCUGUCAGCCCGUUGUGGUGGAGUCUCACGGUUGAUGGUGACCCCGCGAGUAUCUGGCCUGGAGCGAAGUCAGGAGAAAAGCCUGGAGCUACAUUUUCCAGAACCUGUUUCUUCUUCUACCUCUUCUGCCUCCUUCUGCCUGCCUUCCCACCCAGCCUCAGGCACAGUGCCCCGGCCCAGCCUGGCCAACGGCACCGGCAGCCAACACACUGGCAGCCCCUCACUCUCCAAACACAAAUCCUUCCUCUCUUUGCCUGGGCGAUCUCACUCCAUCUACAACAGGAGCAGCACCCCAGUGAAACCUCCAUCUGCUUCAUCUGUUGCGUCUUCCUCGUCCUCCGUGCGCCCCCCGACUCCCUCCACAAGUGUGUCGUUGCCGUACAUGAGGGGCUCAGGAUCCUCGGGGCCCCUUCGACCCCCAUCACGAGCCAGCACUGGGGUCCUUUACACAUCCUCACCUGGCCUUCCUCCCCCUCCACCUCUGCUACAAGGUCCUGCAGCAGAGCGUGAGGGCAGACGCAGCGUCCCAGGGCCUGAAAGUAGUGCAGCAGCUGCAGGCCGCUCCACUCCCGGUGGUCCAGCAGCAUCGAGCUCCACACCGGGUUCUUCUGGUCGGACGUCUCAGAACCAGCCGAGCAUCCCUCCCCUGGCCUUCCAGUUCCAUCAGCACAACCACCAGCACCAACACACGCACACACACCAACACUUCACACCCUUCCUGCACCCCACAGCUACAGCACCGCCUCUGUUUGAUAAAUAUGCAGGCAAAAUGGACGGGCUGUACCGACACACUUUCUUCCCACAGUACCCGCCGCCCUCAGUGCCGAGUAUCCAGCCUGUGAUUCCUCCCACUGGGCCUUUCAGCUCUUUGCAAGGAGCAUUUCAGCCAAAGGGAACGGGUCCUGAUAUAACCUCUCGACUUGGGGUCGUGCCUCACCACCUGCAGCCCAAAGACCCGAGGCUAACUGAUCCAUUUGGGACAUCGUUGAAAAUCAGUAAUAAACCAGGAAAAUGGUGUGCUAUGCAUGUAUAUGUGGCCUGGAUGAUUCUAAGCCAUCAGAAAAAAGUAAAGCUCAUGCAGGCUGAUCCUCACAAACUGGAUUUCCGUAGUGACCUGCUGGCCCGUCUUCCUGGACCUGGGGGCCUGGGUCCCUUGGGCCCCAUAGGGGGAACCCUGCCAUCUACUCAUGACCUGACCAGGCCUCCCAGUCUGUUCUCAGCUACAGGUGCCGUCAAUCCAUCCUCCGCCCCUUUCAUCUCCCCGUCAGCCCCGCACUCCUCUUUCCUCACACCAACCGCACACUUGGAUCCAUAUGGCCGAUCCCCACCUUUCACCUCGCUGGGAGCCCUGGGUUCUGGUGCCUUCGGAGGACUUGGCAGCCCAACACUGGCGGGCUCCAUGUUUGGCCCUAAAGACUCCCCAGCCAGUGUGGUCGGGGGCUUGUCCACCCCCAACCAUCAUGACCCGUGGAACCGUCUACACAGUGGCCCACCUGGGUUCCCCGCUGGUUCCAGCUGGGCUAAAGGAACAGACAAGAGGGAUGAGAGGGAUCGAGGGAAGGAUGUAGAGAGGAGAGACAUCCCGUACAUCAAGGAUGAAAAGGACAGAGACAACAUGCUAUAUGGCCAGCAACCUGUACGAAUGUCUCCAGUUGCUCCGUCCUUCAAGCCCCGCAGUAGCACCCUGGUCUCCCACAUUAAUGGCCACAGCAGUGCCCUAGGAGGGAGCAGUGGGCCUACUGAGGACCUGACACGCAGCUUAAACAGAGACAGAGACCGGGAACGAGACCGAGAUGGGGACAAGAGGCCGCUGCCAACAGUGUCCUCACGGGUACUUCCUCUUGGAUCUUCAUCUUUAGUAGCAGACAGGGAUAGACCACGGUCUUCCUCAUCUUCUGUGCUCACUACUCCUCCACCCUCCAGUCGCUCAGCCCCAUCUCCUUUGGACAUUUACUCCCGUCCACUGGCCCCAACAGCACAUAGUCUCCACAGCGAACCCUCACACUCCCAAAAAGAUGGCAGCCUCCCUGCUUCCUCUGCAGCUUCUGUCUCUGUUACUUCUUUGUCUCAGACAAAAAAGUCUGAUCGGACCACAACACCAGUCUCCAAACCUCCCCUGAUUCUCGCACCAGUUAAAGUUAAAGAGGAGCGAAAAGAGGAGCCAGAGCAUAUCCCCAUCACCCUGCCUCCUCCCGCACCCAACCACAGCUUUGACCGCCCUGGCAGCCAUCCACACCACCCCAGUUCUGGUACCCCUUCCUCCUCUUUAUCUCUGACUCCCACUCCUGGUGUUCCACUCCCACCACCCACUCCAAACCCCCCUACCCACCAACAUCUUUCCCUGCUGGAGCGCUCAAGAGCUAUUGAAGCAUACCUGGGGAGCACAGCAGGCCCUGCAGGGUUGGUCAUGGGUCCAGGAGAACGUCUCCCCCAUGGUCCAGCCCAGGUCCCGUCACAGGGUCCACAUAGCUUCACUUGGGACCCCUGGAGGGAACUGGCAGCUCAGCAGCAGCAGCAGCAUCAGCAUCGUAGGGAUGCUUUGGCACUUCGGUCAGACCCUCACCUAGCCCUGCAGUCAGAUCCACAUCUCGCCCGGCUGCUCCAGUAUCAGCAGCGCCUUCUGGAGGCAGAGAGGGCUGCGGCUGUAGCAGCUGUCGCAGCAGCAGCCUCCCCUCACCACCCUUCUACUUCUACCUCUACUGCCUCCACCUCUGCUGUGCGCCAGGAGUUUGGCCUAAUGGCCCAUCAUUUCGAGCGCCCACCUCAGCUUGGCCCCCCAGGAGGAGGACUGAUCGAUGAGGAGCAGCGUGCCCAGAUCCUGAGGGAAGACUUUGAGCGGGCUCGCAACUUUGGGAUGCACCCGCACCUCCCCCAUGGCUAUCACCUCUCAAGCCCCUCUCAUGCUGCUACCGCCGCUCACCUAGAGCAGCUCCAUCCUGGCCUUCUGUCCCAUCCGCUGCCCCCAGGAGCCUCUGCUGCUUCUCAGCACCAUGCGGGCCUCUACUCCCGUCUAGGUCCACUGAACCCACACCAUGUGCCCAAUGGCAUCCUGGCAAAGACCCCUGCAGGCUUGGUGGGAGCUCUGUCAGUGGGGGCACCACCUCCACUCAUUCCAUCUGUCACCAGCCGGUCAUCCACACCUCCCCGCCGACUUGCAGGGCCAGGUGAGCUGGCACUGUACAGCGCCCACAAAGAUGGAGAGUCCAGAUAGUACAGGGACUACACUGGAGGAGAUGAAGGGAAAUGUCAGGAUCACUGUGCUGCUCUCAACCUGCCCUGUUUUCCUCUUGAAGACUACUAAACCCUGCCCUUCCAGUUACACAAUCAAACCAGCUCCAGCUCUCCCUGUGCAUCCUUGGUGUAUUUUUAUUUUAUACUAACUGUUGGUUAUUACAGCACUCACUCUCAAAAGCUGUAAGAAGAGGCAGAGGACAGCUUUUUCAUUUGUCAGGUGAAUCAUAAUCGAUACUCUUAAGCAAGCCUUGUCUGGGUGGAUUGGAAAUGACUUCCAGUGGGAUGUGCACGUCAUCCUUGGCUUGGUUUAACUCAUGGGAUAUUAUAACACCCUCCACUUCUUAAAUCAACCCUGAUUAGGUUAUGUGAAUGAGGGUUUUUAGAAAUACAAUGGUAAAGUGUUUUUUUUUCUGUUCUGUCUUUGUCUUUUUGUCAUUGUUAAGGCAGAUUGCUGAUGAGCCUGUUUAAUGAUCAGUAAGCAUCGUACCUCAGUUCCCUGCUAUACCCAAAAAUCAAACCCUCAGCUUCACUGAUGCAGAGAUUUAACCUUUUUUUUGUGCUUGGUUUGUUUUCAAAGGAUGAAUGGUAAGAUGAACUGUGCUACACUGUGUAUGUACACAGUGUUUUAGAGCUUCCUGUAACAGUUUCCCAGUCUCCUCUUGAUUCUAUGAGAAGGACCAGAUUAUAGUAGUCUAGAGAAAUUGCCUUUGUAAUUAUUAUUCUUAACAUUAAUUAUCUUCUAUAAUAAUAAAUAUAUUCACUGUUAUGUUAUUUGUCAUUGUUUCGGGUAUCAACCAGUACUCUCUCCCCAAUUUCAAAUCCUGCAAAAGACAAAGUAAAAGGCUUGCGUCACAGAAAACUUGCUUGUGAACAUGAAGCCGUAUCCAUUGCCGCCCCUGGCCUUUUCAAGGAUCUCAUUUAUGACUUUAUUCUGCUGAGAGGGAGGUUUGCCUAUGUGUCACUGGUUGUGUGUUAUAUCCAUUUGGGACUGUGGUAGCCUUGUAUUGAACUGUAGAGUUGUUCCAUCAACAAAAAAUAAGUUAUAUACAUGGAUAUGUGGGACAUUGCUGAAGAACUGAAAAAAAAUAUAAGGACAACUAGACAGAGGGUAUCCUGAGAGGGAAAAGACUGGGUCAAUUAUUUUAAUAUGACCAUUUUAUACCUUUCAAACCCCUCCCCUGGAGACCACAAAGAUUAAUUAUUAAAUGAAUUGUUGUUUA